AUGCCAGAAGAAACAGAAAGUGUCUCCUUUGUGGCCCACCUGGCAAAAGACCUGGGUCUCAGGAUGGGGGAACUGGCUACCCGGGGUGCGAAAAUUCAUUACAAAGGAAACAAACAGCUCUUGCAGCUGGAUGUAAAAACCGGGAGUUUGCUUCUGGUAGAAAAACUAGACCGGGAGACAUUGUGCGGGGCGUCAGAAUCUUGUAUACUGCAUUUCCAAAUAUUACUGGAAAACCCGGUGCAGUUUGUUCAAGUUGAACUGCAGCUCAUAGAUAUAAAUGACCAUUCUCCAGAGUUUCUAGAAAGUGAAAUGCUCCUAAAAAUCCCCGAGAGCGUCGAUCCAGGGGCUGUGUUUCCCUUGAAAACAGCUCAGGAUUCUGACAUUGGUAGCAACACUAUUCAGGGUUACACAAUUCUCCCCAACUCCCAUUUUCAUGUUCUCACACAUAAUCGCGGAGGUGGCAGAAAAUACCCUCAGCUGGUGUUGGACAAAGCUCUAGAUCGUGAGGAGGAGCCUGAACUCAGUUUAACCCUCGUGGCUCUGGAUGGUGAUACUCCUCCCAGGUCCGGGACAAUGGCAAUCCGAAUUGAAGUUGUGGACAUCAAUGACAACGCCCCUGAGUUUUUACAGUCACUCUAUGAGGUACAGGUCCCAGAAAGCAGCCCCCUUAAGUCCUUGGUUGUGGCUGUGUCCGCUCGAGAUUUAGAUGCAGGAACAUAUGGAAGUGUGACCUACUCUCUCUUCCAAGGGGACGACGUUACUCAACCAUUUGUAAUGGAUGAAAUUACAGGAGAACUUCGUCUGAAAAGAAUAUUGGAUUUUGAGGCAAUUCAAUAUUAUAAUGUGGAAAUUGUGGCCACAGACGGUGGGGGUCUCUCAGGGAAAUGCACUGUAGCUAUAGAAGUGAUGGAUGUGAAUGACAACGCCCCUGAACUCACCAUGUCUACACUUACCAGCCCUACACCAGAAAACGCCCCGGAAACUGUAGUUGCUGUUUUCAGUGUUUCAGAUUCAGACUCCGGAGACAACGGAAGGAUUGUUUGCUCCAUCCAGGACAAUCUCCCAUUUCUUCUGAAACCCACAUUCGAGAACUUUUAUAUGCUAGUCACAGAAAGGUCACUGGACAGAGAGAGCAGAGCCCAGUACAACAUCACCAUCACCGUCACUGAUCUGGGAUCACCGAGGCUGAAAAUCGAGCACAACGUAACUGUACUAGUCUCCGACGUCAAUGAUAACGCUCCCACCUUCUCCCAACCCUCUUACACCUUGUUAGUCCGUGAGAACAAUAUUCCCGUCCUGUACGUGGGCACCGUGAGCGCCACAGACAGAGACUCAGGUCCCAACGCCCAAAUCACCUACUCGCUGCUGCCACCCCACGACCCACAUCUCCCUCUAGCCUCCUUGAUCUCCAUCAGUGCAGAUAAUGGGCAUCUGUUCGUUUUGACGUCGUUGGAUUAUGAGGCCCUGCAAGCGUUCGAAUUCCGAGUGGGCGCCGCAGACGCAGGCUCCCCAGCGCUGAGCAGCGAGGCACUGGUGCGAGUGGUGGUCGUGGACGACAACGACAACUCGCCCUUUGUGUUGUACCCACUGCAGAAUGGCUCUGCGCCCUUCACCGAGCUGGUGCCCAGGGUGGCUGAGGUGGGUUACCUAGUGACCAAGGUAGUUGCUGUGGACAGCGACUCAGGCCAGAACGCUUGGCUGUCAUACCAUCUGCUCAAGGUCACGGAACCCGGACUGUUCAGUGUGUGGGCGCACAACGGCGAGGUGCGCACAGCCAGACUGCUGAGCGAGCGCGACGCGGCCAAGCACAGACUGAUUGUGCUGGUCAAGGACAAUGGCGAGCCACCAAUGUCCACCACCGUCACACUGCAAGUGCUCCUGGUGGACGGCUUCUCACAGCCCUACUUGUCUCUCUCUGAGGUGUCCCCGGACGAAGCCCAGGCCAACUCGCUCACUAUCUACUUGGUCAUUGCGUUGGCAUCAGUCUCAUCACUCUUCCUGUUCUCCGUGCUUCUGUUCGUCGCGGUACGUUUGUGCAGGAGCAGAGCCGCUUCCAUGGGUCGCUAUCCGGUGCCUGAGGGCUACUUUCCAGACCACUUGGUAAACGCCAGCAACACUGGGACAUUGUCCCAUAGUUAUCAGUAUGAGAUCUAUCUAACAGGAGGCUCCAAGACAAAUGACCUCAAAUUCCCAAAGUUGAUUAUCCCCAGUCUCCCGCCCCAAAGCACUAGCAAAGAAACCGAUCAAAACGCCACAUUACGGAAUAGCUUUGGAAUCAUUUAG